AUGGGUUCCGUGGUUAUUCCUCAUCUAGUCACCGGCUGGCACGUCGACCAAGCAAUCCUGUCUGAAGAUGAACGACUCGUUGUCAUCCGCUUUGGCCGUGACUGGGACCCCGACUGCAUGCGCAUGGACGAAGUCCUAUACAAGAUCGCCGACCGAGUCAAAAACUUUGCAGUCAUCUACGUCUGCGACAUCGACCAAGUCCCCGACUUCAAACAAAUGUACGAACUCUACGACCCGGUCACACUGAUGUUCUUCUUUCGCAACAAACAUAUGAUGUGUGACUUUGGCACCGGUAACAACAACAAGCUGAAUUGGGUACUGGAAGACAAACAAGAGCUCAUUGAUAUUAUCGAAACAAUCUAUAAGGGUGCGAAGAAGGGAAGGGGUUUGGUGGUGUCACCGAAGGACUACUCAACACGAUACCGAUAUUGA